GGGGUUAAAAAGAAAUUGAUACGGCGUUUUGAAAUGAUGAGAAAGGACUCGCUCCUUUCCCUAUGCCUCCUCCUCCACCGUGCACGGGCCGUGGCAACGGUGACGCAUGUGCGGGCGGCGGCGGCAAGCAAAGGGAAAACCCGACCCUUGCUGUGAAGUUGCUACCGCUGGACCACCGGACCGCCGCUGCCUGCUGGACUGCUGUUCGCACUUCAACGGACUGACGCUUGCCGUUGCGCCGCCUGGACCAAGGAAUAUUCGGUGUCGGGUAAGCAAUGAAGGUGGAAGAGGUGACACGGUGCCAAAUACAAGAGUGGUACCCAAAGUUCAAGUCGGUCUCCAUCAAGACCAUCAUCCACCAACUUCCUGAAUCUUUUGUUAGCUAUCUCUUACAGGAUUCAGGGCCCUUCCUCCUUCCUACCUCUGUGCUUGGGGAGGAUGCCCUUCCCAAUAGAAUCAGACCUCAAUUUCCUUGUCUCCAAGCUGAAGACUACCACCCAUGGGACGAAGAAGAUGAUGAUGAUGGUAAUGGUGAUGGUCAAUUAGAAGAAAAUCAGGAAUCUACUCCUCCAUCUUUCCCAGAGCUCGAGUUGAAGGUGAAGGAGUCAAUUGAAGCACUUGGUGGAUCUGUCAUUCCUAAGCUCAACUGGAGUGCUCCAAAGGAUGCUGCCUGGAUUAGCACAAGUGGUACUCUCAAAUGCACCUCCUUUAGUGAGGUGGUUCUUCUGCUGAAGUCUUCAGAUAGUGUUGUUCAUGAUCUUUGUCAUGCCUUUGAUUCUUGUGAGGACAAAUUGGAUGAUAAGCCUGCAAAGUUCUACCUUGCCUUGCGGAAAUGGUAUGCCGGUAUGAGGCCAGAAAUGGAGUUUAGGUGCUUCGUUUGUGGGGAGUCACUUGUGGGGAUCUCGCAGCGAGAUGUGACAGUGUUCUACCCAGCACUCCUUGAGGUGAAAAAGAAGAUUGGGGCCAUAAUUUAUAGUUUUUUUGAAGAUAAUUUAGCCGGAAAAUUUGGGUCUGACAACUAUGUCUUUGAUGUUUAUGUGACAAAGGAUGGGCGUGUGAAAGUAUUGGAUUUUAAUCCAUGGGGAGCUUUCACGCUGCCACUUUUGUUCUCUUGGGAUGAAUUGGGAGGAAAUUCUGGGGGGCAGAAAAUUGUUUCUGAUAACACGUUUGAAUUCAGGAUUAUUGAGAGCAAGUGUGGAGUUCGACCUGGGUUGAAGACUGCAGUUCCUUAUGACUACAUUGACACAAGUGCUGGAAGUGGUUGGGACGAGUUUCUGAGAAGAGCUGAUGAUGAAACGACGAAGCAAUGAAACACUUCGGGAGCUUAGUGUCGGCUUAUUUAUACUUGGAAAUGUAACGCUGGCUCGAAUCCAUUACCAAAACUUGGUUGACGAUGAAGAUUGCAUUCCUGUGUAUGCAUGGACACCCUUCGUGUGCUUUGGGAGCUCAAUUUUGUGCACGUGCUGGGCAAGCGGAUGACCACAGCGCUUGAACUUAGCCUUGUGUGAAGUAUGAAAGGCGCCUGAUUUCUGCAUCUGCUGUUACUUGACAUGGGUACAUGGAUUCUCCUCCAGUGCAGAAAUUGGAAAUUUUGCUGAAUUUUGUAAUAUAAUACUAAGAGAAAGCUUUCGUGGACGAACCAUUAUUAGUCUAUGUGAACCCUUGAUUGUUGAAGGCUUUAGCAGCUGGAUAACUGAUAAAUUAAACAGCCCUCUUUCUUAGGAAAUGUCUGUGCGCUAAGGAGCUGUUCAUCCGGUCAGCAUUAAUUAAUCGAGACCAUCUCUUUUUAUUUUUA